AUGGCAGCAAAUGCAGCAUCGGCGGCGAAGGGGGUGGCGGCCACGGCAGGGUCCAAUUUCCGGGUGGGCGGGGCUAAAGUGUUUCUUCCCGGACACGUGAUCAAGAUGCUACCACCGCGACGGAUCGUGUCGCCGUACUUUGCAACGUUCCAGGUGCCGCUGCGGUUCAACAAGCUCGACCUGCGCGACUACCUGUACCACGCCUACGGCGUGGAGGUGCGCAACGUGCGAUCGUGGCUGACGCCGCAGCUGCCGCGACGGCGUUUCAGCGACGGUGGCAGCACGCCGCUCGGUGGUGCCGACGACUUGGACCUGCGCGACGCCAAGUCCUUUGGCCGUGGGCCGUGGUACCGGCCGCAGCCGAUCAAGCGGAUGAUGGUAGAGCUGGUCAAGCCGUUUGCCUAUCCAGAGGCGCCGGCCGAGCCGACCGAGGCUCAGCGCGGCACCGACGACGAUCCGCGCGCUGGCUGGGACUACGACAUGCACCGCCGCCUCGCCCUGCAGCAAAAGUCCCAGGAACAGAGCCACAGCCUGCGCGUGCACGAGAAGGAGUUUCCUCUGCGCGACCAGGAAGAGCACGUGCCCGCCUUCCGGGUCGGCCUGGCCAAGCAGGCCCGCGAGCUCGUGCUCGGCGAGCGCGCCUGGCGCAGCUCCGCCAAGCUGGACGCCCGCUGGGACGCACUCGAGGCGGCCGAAACGAAGAGCGGUGCCGGCGGCCCGGCCAGGUCGUCAUAG